CGAUUAUUGCAAACGUCAUUUCAAGAGUAUUACUGGGGAGGAUGCAGCGCAGAUACUAGAGCUUGCGGCUGCACCUGUUAACGGGGAUAACUUGAAGAAACUCCUACAUGUAACGGUCAUCUUAGCUAAUACGAUAGGGCAACCGGCGGGGGAGGACCUGCGUCAUGUAGAAAACGAGGAUUCGGGAGAUGAAGACCCUCCUCCUAAGAAGAAAAAGAAGAAACAUGAUCUUCUGCAAAGAGUAGCAGAUCUAGAAAAGUCAAAAGAAGAUAACGUUAAAGAGUUGAAAGAUAAGGUUGUCAGUUACUUGAACUUCGGGAACAGGUUGAGGGUGUGCAGAUACUGUUGAGAUUAGGAAAAGCGACGACACCAAUUGAGAGCAAAGACGCAGUUGAAUGGUUUAAGCAACUAUGUCUGAAACAUAAUGGUGAUUUUAAAAAUCCUGGACCAGUGUCAUUAUACAACUCAAUUUUCGAGGCAUUGGAAACGGAAUACAUUGAAAAGAUUUCCGAAGCUAACGUUUCUGAUGGAAAAGAAUUGCAUAAAAAAUUAAAGAAGUCAAUGCUUGAAAAGCCGCUAGACUCGAAGAAGUCGUUUAAAGAGAAAGUAUAGUACGUCUACUGUCAGCUAAAGGAGGUGACUAAAAUCAGUUUGUUGUGAGAUCUGAACACUGGAAUUACAACCUUAUAAUGAUGUUGACCGGCAACAGCUAUUAGAACCUUCACAUCCGUGAGAGUACAGUGGAGGGAAUGGCUAUUGUUGAUGGGGAUGAUGUAUAACAUGGAACCACUUGUAAAAGAUAAUAGUAGUUUGACAGACCAUUGUAGUGAACUUCUCGAGGAGGCACAUACUCUUCCUCCUAAUACACCAAACCACAGACGGUACCUGAAGUGCAUGCUGAUUGGCAUUAUGAUACUUUUGAUAGCUGCUGCUGCUGCUCUUGGGAUAGCGUAUGCUCUUGGUUGUUUUUCAUCUAACACUGAGAUUACGUCAACUACGCGGAACAGUACAGGAAUUGAAACAGAAUUUAUGAAAAAUGUUGUCGAGGCCAAAGACACAGAACUUAUAAAAUCAGAUGAACAUGCGUUCAGGGCAGCUCUGAAUCCUUUAAAUGUGUUUGGCGAUGAUAUUGAUGCUGAGCGUGGUAAAUAUUGUGUAUUGUACGAUAUAAGUAAUAUCGAUCCAUUUAAUGAGAUAUGCAAACCAGGUAGCCAGUAUGUGAAGAAUCAUUGUAAUGUAUUUCCGCAAAAUUGUAAAGAUUGUUGUGAAGACUGUAAAAUCAUUUUACCAAUUAAAUGCUUUUGUGUUAAGCAACUUCAUUGUCCAGAUAGAAACAGUGAUAGACCUGCGAAGAUGGAAUAUGAUAAGUGUUCAGGUACACAUUGUCCAUGUCGUAAUGGAGGUACUUGUAGUAAAGAUCCUACACGUACACGAGCAACCGCAGAAGACAUUAAAUGCUCUUGUUCUACAGGAUUCAGCGGUCUUUAUUGUCAAGAUAUAACACGGAUUUGUAAAGAAAACUCGAGUGCCAGUAAAUUACAAAGUAUUAAAACUUGCAGUGGAAAUUCUGAUGCGAAGUGCUAUAGAUUAAAAAACAAUAUCACUUCCAUCUGUGAAAUACCUCAAUAUCAGUCUCAAACUUAUAACAUAACUAACUGUACCAACGUUUGAGAGUGUUGGCGAAGAUGUAAAUAUUUCCCAUCUGCUAUACUCUUAACUGUAAUUGAUUCACCAAACAACGCAAUGAUACAAUGAUGCCAGUAAAUAGAUAAUACUUUUAUUCUUAUCAAAGGAAAUAAAAUGCAAUUUGCAUGAUCAUCUUAACUGUUGUACAUUCAUAAAAUGUUUACGUUUCACGUACUUUGUCUUCAAUACCAACAAACUCAAUAUCAAAUUGGGCAUGUAAUAUCAAAUUGGGCAUGUAAUAACUAUAAUUCAUAUUACUUAGUGAUGAAUAUGUUGUUUACUUUUUGUCUGCAAAAUAUAGUAAAUUGAAAAGUGUGAAACUAUUUCCUGUUGAUUGUAAAUGAUUUCCUGUAACCCUAAUUUUGUAAAUAAUUAUAUUUUAUUUGACUUUUAAGACGAGUUUUUACAUCCAAAAUACAACAAUAAAGGUACAAGAAAAAUUAGAAGUCACUAGUGCAUUAACACAUUUAAGAUGAAAUUGGUAUUGCGGAAUUAUUAUUACUAAGGAUGUUCGCUACUCUGUUUAUAAAAAACAAGCUCUUAAAGAGACUGUUAUAUAUUGAUAGUAUACAAAUAAAAGAACUAAAAAAAAAAAAACAGAAAAAAAGGGUCCGUGUGCUUGUUUUCGAGAUAUAAGCCAAUAGAAAGUUUGGCGGGAAAUGAUUCUCGCUUAACUUUUCAUUCAUUUUACAUUGACACCCCUUUUUCUUUAAAAAAUAAUGAAAAUAUAGUUUUUUAUAGUAAUUUCAAAUAUGGCGUUUUAAACCAUAUGUAAUAUAAUAAGGAAAAGAAAAGUGGGGUUAGCGGGUAAUACUUUUUUUAUGACAAUAUAUGGAUAAAACUAGAGGAUUCCGAAUAUCUGGCAAAAAACCAAAAACAAGAGGAGCGAACAUCCUUAAGUUUUUAAAAACGUUGAUUAAUAACCUAAGUUUUAAAUAAACCUGGAAGAAAAGUAUGCUGAUACUAGAUAGACGAUAUCAAUCAAACAGAAGUGGUAUCGAUUGAGCCUUAGGGAUUUAUGCGUAUGAUCAAACAGAAAAUUUCAUUUCUGACCAAUAUUGUUUGUGUGUGGGUGCAACAUUGAGAAUGUAUACCAUUUCCUCUUUGACUGUCAUUUAUAUACAGACAAGAUAAAAUUUGAUGAACAAUCUUAGAUAUAGUUUACUGCUAACCUUAUAUUGAAUAUUGAGUUUUUGACAAUUGGUUUUUUGAACCUCUCAUAUCACUACAAAACGUCUACAUAUUUAAACUUUCAUUCGAAUUUAUUCAUAAUCCUAAGAAAGGUCUUGUCAUAUGGAACUGAAUAGUGUAUUUGUGGAACAAUUACAUCAUUACCAAUGUAACAAUGAGAUCACCCGUAGUUUUUGGUUGGGUUCGUGUUGCUUAGUCUUAAGUUUUCUAUGUUAUGUUAUGUGUACAAUUGUUUGUCUGUUUGUUUGUUUGUCUUUUUCUGUUUUAGUCAUGCCGCCGUCAGUUUGUUUUCCACUUACGAGUUUUAAUGUCUCUCUGGUAUCUUUUGCCUCUCUUUAAUUUUACAGUGAUAUUUUUUGUCAUCCUUUUGCAAUGUCUAGACUAGUAAAGUACUGUUGAUUUUUAAUAAUUGCGUGCUCAUUUUAACAUUGUAUUGUUUAAUAAUGCAAUUCGAAGCGGACACAAAAGACACGAUUUACUGUUGUAUAAUUCAUUUUAUUUUUCAUAAAUGAAAUAUGUUUAAACUAUGAUCACGAAACAGUAUUUCAAAACAAAAACUUAAUCUGGUGCGUAUCACUGAGGUUAAAAAACGCAGGGAAAUUAAACAAUGUAAAAUUCAAAAAGUCAUAAGCAAAAUGGCAAUGAAAACCGAUUAGAUAUUAGUUUAGUCUGUCGGUUUUUGACGUUGGUUAUAUAUUCCAUGUUUUUGUUUAUCUGAACGCCGCUUGCUUCAGAACAAAUUUUAACUGAACAUUAAAAUUGAAAAAAUAUAAAUUCAUAAAACAUGUUUGAUCAUCAAAGGCUUUCAAAUUCGAUUUAGAAAUUUAAUAUUAACAAUUAAUAAAGCUAAGGUCCAUAGAAUAUCUAUAAAUCAUGUAAUUUGUCAAUAUAAGGCGAAAACAGCUUGUUUGAUUUAUUUCUCAAAAUGUUUAGGGGACAUAUGAUUUGGAGAUCUUUCUGCUCAGUUGAUAUUCGAUAUUUAAGUUCAGUUCCAUUAUUGAUAGAUCAAAAUUCAUUCCAGCAAAACCUAUUCUCUUAUAAGAAUAGAAGAGAUAUUUUACUAACUAAUCCAUUGGUUCAUGUAUCUGCAAUUUAUCAAUGCAUUUUAAACAGAGUGAGUUAUUGUUGCUAUUUUAUUUUGAAGAGAAUCAUUAUACAACGUAAAAGGUUUAAGAUUAUUUCAUCAAUAAGAAAAAAAGUUCAGAUCGCACAAAAUACAAACCCUUUAACAAUUUUAUUCCGAUUGACUUCAGUUUACACUUUUAUCAAAUCACCUGGAUAUAAAUCUCAAAUGAAUAUAACAUAGUUAUCAAAUUGUUGUAUUUUUGUAUUUUUAAACUGUACUUGCCUACAAAAUAUUGUAAGCUAUGAUUUGUCAUACUAUUUGCCAUCAGAUUGUUUUUAUUAAUUAUACAUGACCCUACAUUUAAAGAUAAACAUAUUUGAUUUAUUCGCAAGAGAGGUAAAUAAAUUUACAAGCAUAUUGGUAAAUUAAAAGUUUAAAAGUGCAUUAACGCAUCCAAGUUUAAAUUCGGACUCAAACUUUGUAAGUCGUCAACGGUGUCGGAGCAAACAAUUAAUGAGCCAUGGUUUUGUCAAAGAACGUCUAUUCCAUUUUCUUAAAAAGUUCAUCGGAAAGUACCAAGACCUAAUAGGAAAUUAUUUAGUGGGGUUUUGUCACAUAUAAUACAAGAUGGUCUUAAGUUAUAUAUUCUAUGUGCUGGAGUUGCGCAUCUUUUUAUUUAUUUACAGUUUUCCCUUUAUUUGUGUUCGUGCUUUUAUAUGUCUCUUGGUCGUAUGACUUUUGACGUGACAGGGUUUAUGCAUCCUGGAUUCGUAUUUUUUUUUUACUUAGGGUGUUCUUGGUGCAGGUUGGUUCUAAGGUACACUUCGGACGCAAUAUGGUUUAACUGUGUUGUUUUCAUUUUGUUUACCCUCGUAUUGAUAUUUUGUACUUUAUCUAGAAAGUGUGCAAUAUUAUGGUAGUACUAACGACUAAAUUUUUUUAUCGGCGAUCAUACUGGCUGAAACCAUUGAAUGGCGGCAAAGAACCGAUUUUUUUUUUUAUUUUCAAUUAUAUUGAUUUAAAACGAAAACAUUUAUUUAACCACAAUUUCAAAAAGCGAUCAUCGUUUUGGAGAAUAUGAUUUGUUCAUCAGUUGUAUUUCGCUUUGUACUAGCUUUCGGUAACUGCGAUCACUCUUAUUUUGAUGCUUUGUGUCUAUUGUUUUUAUGAUAGUUAUUGUGGACCUUUUGAGUUAUGUUAAUUGCAAUUUAUUUUUACAGUAUGUUCUUUAGGGAGGGUUGAGCGCUUAAAAACAUGUAUAAAACCGCCGCAUUCUGAAUGUGUCCGUCCCAAGUAGUGAGCAUGUAGUUCAGUGGUUGUCGUUGGUGUAUGUCUGUCAUAUUUGUAUUUCGUAAAUUGUUUUGUUAAAAUUAUAAUCGUUAGUUUUUCUCAAUUAAUUGUUUCACAUUUUUCAUUUCGGAGCCGAAUAUGCUUAUUGUUGAAGACCGUUUAGUUGCCUAUUAUUAUUUACAUUCACGUCAUGUGAACUUGGAUAGUUAGUUUAUCUCAUUGGCAUUCAUACACCAUCUCAUUUUUUAUAUAUUUAGCUCUUAAAUCUUGAAACAUAAACAGUGUCUCAUAAAGAAAAUUAAUGCCUUUGCACAUAUUUUUAUAUUCAAUUCUCAUUUUAAAAUCAAAGGCUGAUUUUUGUCGUUAUUUUACGUCUUUAAUAUCAUGGAGUUACAAUACAUCUUUUCAUAUUUAUUUUGCCCAGGGAAGCAACUAAGGGAGCCCCGCAUUUUUACAGUCUCAUUUGUCGGGUAAAAAUCCCAUUAUAAAUAAUUAACAUAUACCUCUUCAAUUAAAGCUACCUGUAUAUAUUUAGAUUGUAUAGAACUUCACUCCGUUCGUAUGUAUAUCCUUAUCACAUCAAUAUUUUCUACUUUUCUAAAAUAAAUUUUAUGAAUA